AUGAAUCACGGUGCUGUUGGCUUGAGUUACCUUUAUGCGCGGGCUUUCCAGGGGAUGAGCCUGAUCGCCAUCAUUGGAAUGACUGCCAACUUCGUUGCGGAAAUGGUCAAUAGCCAUGUGAAGCCCCCAAAUGUUCUGAUUGGGACUCUUAGCGUGACCUGCAUUGCAGUCCUGUACUGCUUCUUGACGGUUAUCCUCUUCAUGGACAAAAUACUCCCAUUUCUCAUCUUCGCAGGAGUAGACUUGCUCGUCCUCAUCGCAGUGAUAGUCGUCGCCGUCACUGUGGGAAAGCCGUUGUCAUACCUUGAUUGCAAGGUUAUCGGCAAACUGACCGGUUCCAACUCGUCCGCCUAUGCUUUUACCACGACGUUGGGCAGCCUGCUAGACAAGGAGGGAGGCACCGUGAAGUACACGGACUGGAUUGGUGCCUCCAAGUCGAUCUGCCUUGAGAUGAAGAGUAUCUGGGGACUCAGCAUUGCUCUUUGCAUCCUCUUUGCUUACACCGUUAUCUGCAGUAUUAUCAUGUGGCGCCAGAACAAGGCCCCUGCAGAAGAGAAGCCUUAG